UUCUUCUUUCAUAUGAUGCAAAAAGAGUGACUUUUCAUGUAGCAUAGUGUGUUAUUUUCAUCUUUUGGAUAUUUUCAACGCCAAAUCGAGAUUUCUUGCUAGAUCGUGUCAGAUGGGAAAUGGAUUCAUUAAGUGACGUCAAGGAGAAUCUCGACCAAUCGAUUCGUCUGUUAAGUCAGCAGAACAGUCAACGGAGAACAUUUUUGAGGUUAAGCGGCCAGCGGAGCACCACUCCGAAGAGGAUAUCAUUACAGGCAACCGGUCAGUCACGGAGGGAUGCUGAUGAUAGUAGACAGAUUCUCAGCGACACGCACAGCUCGGGGAUGGUCGACAAGACCGCGGGAACCAGACUAACCAAGCUUUACAAUGUGGAGCUUGACACUUCGCUAACCCUUGCGCCUCACGAAAUCCGCGAUAUAAUGAUGCGCUCGGAGAGGAACGACGUUACCAUUAAGGAGAUGAUGGAGGACAGCACAGCGACCGGGGCGAUUCUGAAGGCAAAUGAGCCGUGGCGGGAGGUCAAAUCCAAGCUUUACUACGACUUCCUGCAGAGUGUGCAAGCGCACUUCUCAAAGGCACAGGUCUUUGAUACCAUCGCGGAUUUCAUACAGAACUGUACCGACACGCUGGAUAUAAUGAGAGGUAUGCAAUCAAAAGUUGAGAAUACAGAAGUAGCAGAAGAAGAAAUUUCUUUAGAAAGUGAGAGGAACACAUGGAGACUGAUAUAUUGCCUCUAUCAGAAUCGUAUAAGUAGCGCUGGCUUGUCUACACAGAUGGAACAUGAUGGACCAACAAGCAAUAAUUAUAUCUCUGAGAAAGAUGUUAUAGAAAAUUUGUAUAAGUCUGAGAGUUAUAUCAGAGAAUAUCAAUUGAUUAUUGAUUGGUUAGAAAAAAAUGCUCUGGAUCAAGCGGAUAAAUGUCCGUCCAUAGAGCUCUUUACUGAUAAAACAGUAGCUUGGGAAAAUACAGUUCAUCAAUUGCACAAUCAAAAUUUAGGAAUUGCAUUCAGUUCAUCCAGACCACUGGUAUCGUCUUUAGAUCCUGAUGCACCGAUACGAGAGGGUAGGCCAUUACAUGAUUUGGACAGAGAAGAUGAUGUCAGACUUGAAAAACGAAUGUUUAUAGAGGUACGUUGUGGACGUCUUCAGAAAGCACAAGCAUUAGCCAUGCAUUGUGGUCAACCUUGGAGAGCCGCAUCUUUAUUAGGAUGGAUUCCUAAUCAUGAUCCAAACUAUAGUAAUCCAUUGACAGACACUAAAUUACCAAUCGAAGGGAAUCCUAAUAGAAGUCUUUGGAAAAUAUGUGCUUGGGAAUUGUCGCAAGAUAAACGCAUAGGUAUAUUUUAUCGUGCCAUAUAUGCAAGUCUUUGUGGCAAUGUCCAACUAUUACUUCAAAUAGCAUCCUCUUGGCAAGAUGCAUUGUGGGCUUACGUGAAGAGCCUUCUAGAUAUCAAAGUCGAAUCAGCAUUGAGAUUAAUGAUGGUAAAAAUUUAUACAAUUAUGCCGGAAGAAUAUUGGAAAAAUGAAAUCUCGUUGGAAGACGCGUUCAAAGAGCUGCACGCGUCGAAAAAUCCAAUAAUACGUGCUCAAUCUAACAAACCCGAUCAUUUAAUUCAAAAAUAUAUAAUACUAGAUCAAAUACCGAAGUUAAUGGAGGAGAUUGAAAGUAUGAUAGACGUCGGCACCUGUGACUCGCAGUUCCUUAGAUUUCUGGCUCAUCUAAUAUUAUUCUUCAGACAAAUCGGGAAAAGUACAAAGGAUAAAGUAGAAGAUAAAGUUUUGUUGGCGUAUGUUCGCGUUCUCAUUGAAAUGGGUGAUCCGACUUUAAUUGCGUUCUACACAGCUACAUUACCACAAGAGGAUCAAAUAAUCAAUUAUGCCUCUUACUUAGAAAGUGUUAAAGAGCAUGAAGAGCGCAAGAAAUGUUUGCGUGCAGCGGAAGACGCGAACUUGAAUGUAGAAGCAAUUACAAAAUUGGUGGUGGAAAACAUACGUAAAAAAGACAUAGAAUCCGACCCAACAGACUUAAAGGGAACUAUCACUGAAGCGGACAUGGAAAAGAUUAAUGGUUUAGAUUGGUUGAUUUUCUAUCAAAGUCAGAGAGAAGAAGCUUUACGACAAACAAACGCGCUCAUUAGAUACUUUUUGACUAACGAAAAAAUCGAUGCAGCUCGAAAAGCAUUUAACAAGAUUCCAUCAGAUUCAAUUGAAUCGGUUAUGAGCGAGUAUCCAACUAUAGACUGCACGCUCAAUCUUACGAUAACUAAUAACUUGUCGAAGAAAGCUGCUGCGGCAAUAAGGGAAUACCUUUGUUAUAAAACAUAUCUUGAUGCCCAGGAAGGUUUUGGCGAAUGGUUCUCUCAUUAUCAUCACGGUAAACCCACGUCACCAGAAGAAUUACCCACAUACGCUACGUUCACCGAAAAGGUUGCGUACGAUCACAGAAAGACGCAGUACAAUUUAGAACUCGAAAGAUGGAAAUCUACUAUGCAGCAUCAUACGAAGGCUGUGAAACAAUUAUUAUUUAAUGUUUUAUUGUUUCCCGACGGUGGUUGGCUCGUCGAUUCGAAGAGUAGUAACGACGAGUCGUGCACGCCUGAAGAUGAACUUAGGGAACACCAGUUGAAAAAGCUGCGUGAGCUUUGUAUUCCUAAAGUCACACUUUUGCUACAUUCGGUUAUGUCAGAAAUGAACGAGCAUGACGGCUCCAUUCAAUUGGCUGACGUACUUGCUUCCGAACAAUAUCAGCUAUAUAAAGUAUUUUCAAAGGGAAAGUUACGCGAGGUGUUCAAAAAGAUCUGUGAAUCUUCUCUUGUCUUAAUGGAUCAAAAGAAAGACCCUUGGGGAUAUCCGAAAUGAAGUUUAAAUAUAUAAUACUGUAUAAACCUCUCUUUGUACAGCAACAUGUUAUUUAUAUUAGCCAGAUACUCAUUGGUCCUUUUUUAGCCGUCGCAUUAAAUGUACAAUCUUGAUGAUAUUUUUUCUCCUUUUUUUCUUUUUUUAUAAAACCAGUUUAUUGUCAACCACAAGAAGUGAAUAUAAAAUUUGAUACAAUGUUUAAUAAUUCGUAAUCAUAAUAUAUCAUAUACCUUGUGAUUACUUAGAUAUGCUCCUUUUACCCAAUUAUUAAUAAAUGUAGCGCUAUCAAAGCCAUUAAGAUUAAUGCGUGAAACGUGCAAUGAAACUCAUAGUCUGUAAAAGAGUAGAACAUCCUGAGAUAUAUUUCGCAGCGACACUUAGAACUCGGUUUUACAGUUGAGACAUUUCUAAUCAUAUAUCUUGAUCAGAUCGCAUAACAUAAAUUCGCGCAUGACAACGACAAAUACGUAUAUUCCAUAUAGAAGAAUAGGUUCCAUAAGCAAGAAUAAGAACGCCUCAAAUGAAACGACGCUGCAUCUCAUUGAAACAUGAACGAAUGCCAUUACAUUUAAAGAACAAUAAUGAUAUGAUUCAUUGCGUAUUCUGUUCUAUUGUCAAAGAGACUGAUAUUUUUCUGUCGAGAAACAGGCAGCAGUCUUCUUUUCAUCAAAAUUUCCCUUUUUCCUACGUAUGGCUUUGAUUUUGAAGAUCGGAUGCUUUCUAAGUAACGCUACAGGUUAACUGAAAAAGAGAUAUUUAUACGGUACAUUACAUAUAGACUAUAUAAAGAAAAUUAACAUUUUCGACAAAGUCUGCUAUCUAUUAAACAAUCAAGAUUUUAACAACGCUCGCGCGCUUCGCGAUCGACAUUGACCGACUUUUUUUUUCUUUUAUCUUACGCGAGAUAUGUCAAAUUACGAUUUAAAUAUUGUAGUAAGGAUUGACUUCUUAUUAUGUGUUUUAUGCGACGAUGAAACCAUGAGCAUUAAUAUAUCUUAAUAAUCUCUAGGCAAACUUUGGAAUGAAUUAAGAGCUAA